GCCAGAGAAGACAAAGGAAAAUUGCUAGAAGCAUCUCGGCUCCACUGGUCCACUCCACUCCACUCCCACUUUAUGCGUCGCUCAAAAUCACACAAACAAACCCAAACCCAAACCCUCACUUGGUCGAUAUGCCAUGGAUGCAGACAUGAUGGAUUCGGAUGCUCCCAUGACAUCCUCAUCGGUUGCCGGACAAUUCGAAGUUGCUAGAAGAUUACUCACCCUUGCUCGUCAACUCAUCCAUCAGGGUAAACCUUCUCAAGCUCUUCAAGCAGUUGUGAUGGCUAUGAAAGGCACCGGAGGUGAAGCAGCUGCGUUUGAGGCCCUAAACCGAGCAAAAGAGGUUUACGCAAAGAAAAUGUAUGAAAAUAAUGCUGCUGAUGAGCUGGCGUCCUUGUUUGCUGAAUGUGCAAUAUCAAUAGCCGAAGAAUCCCCAUCAUGUAACUUGGAGCCAGAUGGUGGUGGAACAUCUAUACUGAGUGAAAAUGGAAGAAAACAAGUAAUGGUGGAUGCAGUCUCUGAUGGCAGUAGCUUUGUUUGUUUACAGUGUGGAGGUCUUGUUAGUAAUAACCGCAAAGAUGAACACUUUGCGUUCUGGUGCUGUAAUGGUGACACGUCUAAGUGCUAAGUUUUUUGAAUGUUAUACAUGUGUUACGGCUUUAUGCUUUGUAAUAUAGACACAUGAACUAUUUUAUCCUUUCUAUUGGGAUAAUUGUUAAUCCACCUUGCCUUUCCUCUUUUA